ACCACCCACUAUGGCUUCCUUGUGUUGGGGCCAGCUCUCUGGCCAUCCGGUUUAAUUGGUUACCUUUUGGUUAUAGAACAAUCUUUACAGGGUUUCAACAUGCAGAAAAUCAAGUCUCUUAUGACCCGGCAGGGUUUAAAAAGCCCCCCAGAGAGCCUCAGUGAUCUUGGUGCCAUUGAGAGUCUGCGCGUCCCUGGAAAGGAGGAAUUCAGGGAACUUCGAGAACAGCCAAGUGACCCUCAAGCUGAACAAGAACUGAUUAAUAGUAUUGAACAAGUGUAUUUUUCUGCAGACUCAUUUGAUAUUGUUAAAUAUGAGCUGGAGAAACUUCCACCUAUUCUCAAUUUGCAAGAAUUAGAGGAGUACCGAGACAAAUUGAAACAACAGCAAGCUGCAGUCUCUAAAAAAGUAGCAGAUUUAAUCCUUGAAAAGCAGCCUGCUUAUGUAAAGGAACUUGAAAGAGUUACCUCAUUACAGACAGGACUACAGUUAGCUGCUGUUAUCUGCACAAAUGGGAGGAGACAUUUGAAUAUUGCAAAGGAAGGUUUUACUCAAGCUAGUUUAGGCCUUCUUGCAAAUCAAAGGAAACGUCAGUUGCUGAUUGGACUUCUGAAGUCUCUGAGAACUAUAAAAACAUUGCAAAGAACAGAUGUACGCUUAAGUGAAAUGCUGGAGGAGGAAGACUAUCCAGGAGCUAUUCAGUUGUGCCUGGAAUGUCAGAAGGCUGCCAGCACUUUUAAACAUUACAGUUGUAUAAGUGAGUUGAAUUCAAAGCUGCAAGACACUUUGGAACAAAUUGAGGAACAAUUAGAUGUUGCACUUUCAAAAAUCUGCAAGAAUUUUGAUAUUAAUCAUUAUACCAAGGUUCAACAAGCUUAUCGACUUCUUGGAAAAACACAGACUGCAAUGGAUCAACUUCAUAUGCACUUUACUCAAGCCAUUCACAAUACCGUAUUUCAAGUUGUCCUUGGUUAUGUGGAACUAUGUGCAGGAAACACGGACACAAAAUUCCAAAAGCUGCAAUAUAAAGACCUCUGUACGCAUGUUACACCAGACAGCUACAUUCCCUGCCUGGCAGACCUGUGUAAAGCACUGUGGGAAGUUAUGCUCAGCUACUACAGGACCAUGGAGUGGCAUGAAAAGCACGACAAUGAGGAUGCAACUACAGCUUCUGAAGGGAGUAAUAUGAUGGGUACUGAAGAAACUAAUUUUGAUCGUGGCUACAUAAAAAAGAAGUUAGAACAUGGACUUACACGAAUAUGGCAGGAUGUUCAGCUAAAAGUAAAAACCUACUUGCUUGGAACUGAUUUGUCUAUAUUCAAAUACGAUGAUUUCAUCUUUGUUUUGGAUAUAAUAAGCAGGUUGAUGCAGGUUGGAGAAGAAUUUUGUGGUAGCAAAUCUGAAGUUUUACAAGAGUCUAUUAGAAAACAGAGUGUCAAUUAUUUCAAGAACUAUCAUAGAACACGACUUGAUGAACUCAGAAUGUUCUUAGAGAAUGAGACUUGGGAGCUUUGUCCUGUGAAGUCAAAUUUCAGCAUCUUGCAGCUUCAUGAAUUUAAAUUCAUGGAACAAUCCCGAUCCCCAUCAGUUUCACCUAGUAAGCAGCCAGUGUCAAGUUCUUCAAAAGCAGCAACUCUGUUUGAGCAAUACUGUAGUGGUGGGAAUCCAUUUGAAAUUCAAGCCAACCACAAAGAUGAAGAAACAGAAGAUGUCUUGGCUUCUAAUGGAUACGAGUCUGAUGAACAAGAAAAGAGUGCCUAUCAAGAGUAUGACAGUGACAGUGAUGUUCCUGAGGAACUCAAGCGAGAUUAUGUGGAUGAGCAGACAGGUGAUGCUCCAGUAAAAAGUGUUUCUCGAGAAACCCUGAAAAGCAGGAAGAAAUCAGAUUACAGUCUAAAUAAAGUGAAUGCUCCUAUCUUAACAAAUACAACACUAAAUGUGAUAAGACUUGUUGGGAAAUAUAUGCAAAUGAUGAACAUUCUUAAGCCAAUUGCCUUUGACGUUAUCCAUUUCAUGUCUCAGCUCUUUGAUUAUUACUUAUAUGCAAUAUAUACCUUUUUUGGGCGGAAUGAUUCAUUAGAGUCAACAGGACUGGGUCUUAGCAGUAGUCGAUUAAGAACAACUCUGAACAGGAUACAAGAGAGCCUUAUUGACCUGGAAGUCUCAGCUGAUCCCACUGCCACACUCACAGCAGUAGAAGAAAGAAAGGAGAAGGUGCCCAGCCCACACCUUAGUCAUCUAGUGGUUUUGACGUCUGGGGAUACAUUGUAUGGAUUAGCAGAGAGAGUGGUAGCCACAGAAUCCUUGGUGUUCUUGGCUGAACAGUUUGAGUUCCUUCAGCCACAUUUGGAUGCUGUGAUGCCUGCAGUCAAAAAGCCCUUUCUGCAGCAGUUCUACUCUCAGACAGUCUCAACUGCCAGUGAACUGCGCAAACCAAUUUACUGGAUUGUAGCUGGGAAAGCCAUUGAUUAUGAACAGAUGCUACUCCUAAUGGCCAAUGUGAAGUGGGAUGUAAAGGAAAUUAUGUCACAGCACAACAUGUAUGUAGAUGCAUUGUUAAAGGAAUUUGAGCAGUUUAACAGGAGGUUAAAUGACGUUUCAAAGAGAGUUCGGAUACCCUUGCCUGUGUCUAAUAUACUAUGGGAACAUUGUAUACGACUGGCUAAUAGAACUAUUGUGGAAGGAUAUGCCAACGUCAAAAAGUGCAGUAAUGAAGGACGGGCCUUAAUGCAGUUGGAUUUCCAACAGUUUCUAAUGAAACUUGAAAAACUGACUGAUAUUAGACCCAUUCCUGAUAAAGAAUUUGUAGAAACCUACAUCAAAGCUUAUUACCUAACUGAGAAUGACAUGGAACGCUGGAUCAAAGAGCAUAGGGAAUAUUCAACGAAGCAGCUGACCAAUCUGGUGAACGUUUGCUUGGGAUCCCAUAUCAACAAGAAAGCAAGACAAAAACUUCUGGCAGCUAUAGAUGAUAUAGACAGACCUAAAAGAUAAUGAACACAGCUCUUCUUCCUCACUGGCAUUGGUGUUCUCUCAAAAUAUGUGAUAUCAAAGGCAGUUUCCCUGUACCCCUGACAACUGUCUACUAAGAAAAAUUUUGUGUACAUUCCUUGCAACUGGAAGGUGGAAAACACUGAAAUGUGUGUGGUGUUCUCAAUGACUUUUAUAUGCUCCAGGCUCUUUCCUCAACUUUAGGUUUCAUUUGUUGUGAUUCCUUCCUGAAAUAAUAUUAUUGCCUUAUCAAAAAGAUUGUACCAUUAAUAUAUCAUUAGAACAGUGGCUGGUUUAUCUUUGAGCAGUUUUUGGAGAGUGACUUUAUGUUGGCAUUUUUUUUUAAUGCUCUGAAUUUGGUUCUUAGUAAGCAUAAUAUGAAAGGGUUGAUGUACAGUAUUUCCCAAUUAUGAGCACUGCAUGCAAAUUAAGAAGUACAUGUAAGUAAAAUAGUUGAAAAAUCAGUAUGUUAUGUUUUAAGUGUCAAGAUUUAUGUCAGGGUUAAUUUGGUUAUAAUGAAGUGAUCAUAAAUGAUGAAAUUUAAUAAAUGUAAUACUGUAAAAUAA